UAUUUAUUUUAUUGACAAUUUUCUAUCGUAUUAAUUAGUAUUAAUUUUUAUAAUUGUUAUAAUUUUGUGAAUAGGCAGUAGUCUGCGGUUGAAACGUCAGUCAAGUGCAUUACUUUUCUUACUGUAAAAUGCAAGAAGAAGAAAACUUAUGGAAUUCCAUGUURAUCUCAUUAAAAGAAAAAGGCGGGACUAGGUUACCAAAAGACAAGUCUAUGAUUAUUAUAGGUGAUAACCAAUGUGGUAAAACUACUCUUGUAGCAAAAUUGCAGGGUAUUGACGAUCUGACAAAGGGAAUUGGACUGGAAUAUGCGUAUAUUGAUAUUCGUGAUGAUUAUAAAGAAGAUCAUACAAAGUUGAAUGUGUGGGUACAAGAUGGCAACCCUAAAUACUCUUUUCUAUUAAAAUUUGCUUUGUCCGAGAAGAACUUUAAGAACACAUUGAUUAUGUUUGUUGUUUCUAUGAAAACACCUUGGAAUAUAAUGGAUCAACUAGAAAGUUGGGCAACAUUACUGCAAGAUUACAUUGACAAUCUACCAAUUCCUAGUGAAGAUCUUCGAGAAUAUAGACAAAAUUGCAUUAAAAAAUGGAACGAGUACAUUGAAGAAAAUGUUGGUGAUAAAAAUGGAUAUUGGGAACCAUCUCUCGGAGAUGGGGUACUUACAAGAAAUUUAGGUUUAAAUAUAAUUGUUGUUGUAACAAUGACUGAUUACAUAAGUGUUUUGGAAAAAGAAAAUGACUACAAAGAUGAACAUUUUGAUUUCAUUCAACAAGCAGUACGCAAAUUUUGUUUACAGUAUGGUGCAUCACUAUUUUAUACAUCAGCCAAAGAAGACAAAAACUGUGAUUUAUUAUAUAAAUUUCUUACACAUAAGAUUUAUAACUUUCCAUUUAAAACACCUGCAUUAAUUGUUGAAAAAGACGCAGUUUUUAUUCCAGCAGGAUGGGAUAGUAUGAAAAAAAUUAGUAUUCUCUAUGAUAACAUGCAGACCAUCAGACCUGAUGAAUUUUUUAACUCUGUUAUAACAAAAGUGAAUACAAGAAAGGCUUUUGCCAAAGACCACGAAAUCCAAGCAGAAGAUGAACAAGUAUUUUUAAACAAACAAUUAGGAUUACUAAACCAGAGUGCAAACCAACAGUCAGCCAUUGGUAUACCUAGGCAAGACUCUGUAAUGAGAUCACUAACAGGUGUUUCUAAGUCAGGUGAUAGACGACUAUCUUUAACCAGUCAAGGGCAAGGUUCUCCAACAAAAAAGAUUGAUCCAGUGAAAUCAACUAACACGGCGACCCCAGGUGAAGGAGUGUUGGCAAACUUUUUCAAUUCUUUGUUGCAUAAAAAAUCCAAUCAAAGUCCUGUUUUGACCAAAACAACAGAUGAAUUGUCUGGUUCAAAAUCUUUAACCUUAGAAAAAACUGAAUAUCAUACAGACACGGCAGCUGAACUUGAUAGACUAGCUAAGCGAACAUUGAACUUAUCACAUGAAUCGUCUACUGAAACAAAUACUUCUGAAAAUGGAAUUGAGGAACAAAUAUCUACUACUUUUGGUGAAAAAUCAUCGUCAGAAUGUUAAUUCAUGGUCGAUAAAUUAUUUUUCCUAUUUUUGUGAUAAUCUAAAAAUCAUUAACAUUUUGUGCAAUUUUAUUUAUUUAUU